UAUAUUUCCUAUGCGGACGUAUCUUUCAUUGCCCUCGCGAGACAAGCGAGGGGUGAUGAGGCUAUGAGUUACGGCGGAGCGAUAUCAGUGACAAAGAGAUGCAGUUAUUGUUGGAGACUGUUGCAGCAUUGGAAAAUGGCCGUGUAGUUGUUGACAGAAGCAUUUAAUGCGAAUGAUUUGCAUUCCGUGCCACAAACGUUAAGACACCUAGCCCUGCUUGUUUACCAUCACCAUCGGAAUUAAGCCGGGAGAAACAUGGAAAGGAAAAGGUGGGAGUGCUCGGCUCUCCCAAAGGGCUGGAAAAGGGAAGAAGUGACCAGAAAGUCGGGUUUGUCUGCGGGGAAAAGCGAUGUCUAUUACUUUAGCAGAGGUGAGGAAGAGGAGGAGGAACAGAGGCGAGAAAGGGGGGAGGCGGGUCGUUUGUAUAGUUUGUGUCCAACUGGAAAGAAGUUUCGGAGCAAGCCGCAGCUGGCUCGUUACCUUGGAAACUCAAUGGAUCUCAGCUCCUUUGAUUUCCGCACGGGUAAAAUGCUCAUGAGUAAACUCAACAAGAACCGACAGAGACUUCGCUAUGACAACAACACUCAAACAAAGGGCAAGCCUGAUCUCAACACAUCACUGCCAGUCAGACAAACAGCCUCCAUCUUCAAACAGCCUGUCACCAAGGUUACCAACCAUCCCAGCAAUAAGGUCAAGACAGAUCCUCAGAAGGCUAUUGACCAGCCUAGACAGCUUUUCUGGGAGAAGAAGCUUAGUGGGCUCAAUGCGUUUGACAUAGCGGAGGAGCUCGUCAAGACCAUGGAGCUGCCCAAAGGCUUGCAAGGAGUGGGACCUGGAUGCACAGAUAAGACACUCCUGUCGGCCAUAGCCAGUGCUCUGCACACCAGCACAGCCCCCAUCACUGGCCAGCUGUCUGCUGCCGUGGAGAAGAACCCUGGAGUUUGGCUCAACACGUCACAGCCCCUCUGCAAGGCCUUCAUCGUCACAGAUGAGGACAUCAGGAAGCAGGAGGAGCUGGUGUACAGCGUGAGGAAGAGGCUGGAGGAGGCGCUGAUGGCCGACAUGUUGGCCCAUGUGGAGGAGGCCGGCAGUGAAGAAGACGCUCUGAAGGAGGACGGAAACGGAGACGACAACGCAGACGCUGUAUAGCAGAGGAUAUAUGAACAGUUUGGUCGUGGGUUCCAGUAUUCAUUCGUAGGACCAUAACCAGAUUCCCACCACCUCUAACAGUCCCGACCAUCACCUCACCUGCUACCACUGAAAAGUACAGAAAGCCUCCAUCACUUGUGUACACGGAGUCCCCUAUCUCCAUGGAUGGCGGCUGGUUCAGCUCUGAAACUUUGAUUAGUGCAUUUGUAAUCUUUGCCCUGAACAAAACAAACCGUUUCAACAAUGGCUUGUUAGAGGAAAACUACACUAUACGGUCAGCUAAAUACAGUAUUUCUAUUCAGGACUCAUGCAGAUUGAAUCCUGUCGGUAGGCAUUCAUUUUGUGACAAUCAUGUCAAUGCCGUAUCACUUUGUAAAAAUUGACCUGAGAGAUAUUGCAGCCUUGUUUGCUCAAGGAAUGAUGCACAAGUGUUACUGUGGUAAGAAGAUGUGUUGUUGGGUCUAGGGAAAUGGUAUUAUGGGAUGGACUGGUUUGUUUUCUGAUGCUGUUUCUCAGAGCACUAAAAGUGACUUGAGAGGGAACAAGGUUAUGUGACACCUGCACUCUAAAUUUCAUAGAUGUUUUGUUUUUUGAAAAAGACAAGAUUGUUUGAAUUGUGACUUUUAAAGUGUUAUUGCUUUUGUUGUUGUCGUUUAUUUGUCUGUUGUUUUUAGAGAGCAUUAAGAUUUUUGUAAUGUGAACAGUGUCCUUCAUCUUUCUCAUGAUGAUGAUGAUGACCAAAGAGGGGCCAUGAAAUUUCACUCAUCCUACACUGCCCCUAAGGUCAUGUGAACUUUGACCUCUCUCAGUUUGACAAUAGCUCGGUCAGAAGAUUGAGCUGGUUAUCCUGGGAUAUGUUACACGGUUUUAUUUUCUCUCUUUUGAACAGCUCUUGUCUGUGAAGUACUGUUAAGAUUUCCAUUGCCCCUCAACAAGUACACCCAUAUAAAUGACAGAAAAAAAUAGGUUUGUUUUUCUACCCUUUCUUGAGAAAUAUGAGUAAACUUGACAUUUAGUGCCAUCUUUGUUCUUUUCUAGAAAAUGAUUUGAAUUGUCACUGGUGCUGCCUCCUUUCCACCCUCCCUCAGUGAACCAUAAUGUGCGCUGGAGAAAAACAGAUGAGUGAUGAAUCCUCUCGCGAGUGAGGACGUUCAUAGCAUCAUCAGGGGUUGCCUGCAGCCUCACUCUUCUAGAACACCCUUUGGUUUCUUACAAUAUGAAAGGGUUACUGUUUUUACUUUAACAGACUGACUGUUGAUUUGAAUACAUGGUUUACAGAUUAAAAUUCAGCUCUAUGUGAA